AAAGAGGCCCCCGCCGACAAGAUGCUGCGCACCCCGAAGUGCUCCCGCUGCCGCAACCACGGCUUCCUGGUGCCCGUCAAGGGCCACGUGGGCAAGUGUCGCUGGAAGCAGUGCACCUGCGAGAAGUGCUAUCUGAUCACCGAGCGACAGAAGAUCAUGGCCGCACAGAAGGUGCUCAAGAGGCAGGUGCACGACGGCGACGAGCCCGACGACCCGCCCGGAGAGCCCGCCGUCGGGCCGGGGCCCGCGCCCUGCGCCCGCCCGCUGCCCCUGCCCGUGCCGGGGCCCUGCCCCGCGGAUGCGGGCCCGGACGGCCGAGCUGCCUCCUACGGGGGCCCUCGGCCCGGCCCCCCGGGGCCGUUCGAGCGGGGCCCCGGAAGCAACGGCGGGGGCGGCCACGUAGGCGCCGCGGAGGCCGCAGGGGUGGGCGCCCGGGGCUUUGAUGGCUGUUGCAAGGCCGGGCCCCGGCGGGCUCUGCCGCUGCCCAUGCCCGUGCCCCUGCCCGCUCCGCCGCCGCCCCCCCCGCCACCGCCGCUCACCGCCUCCACCUCGGCUUCCUCUAGCCCACCCUAUGCUGACUUCGGGCGCCCUUCCAACUUUGCCCCAGAAUGCGUGAUGGGGCCUGAAUAUCUGGAGAGAGAGCCGUCUAAAGUGUACCCUGGUUAUGCCAACAUGUACCACUACCGCCCAUUCCCGCUGGGCCUCAUCAACCAGCCCGGCUACCGUGGCUCCCCCGCUGCCCCAGCGAUCCCCGUCCAGAGGGGCUUCCGCCAUGUCCCCAGCAACCAUGGAGCGGGGACCUCUUCUUCUUUGCUAAUGCAGGAUACUAGUGGAGACUUCAGACAAGGCUACUACCCACCGCUGCCUCAGUUCAUCCCUCCGAGCUUUCUGCCAGGGAUACGCUAUAUCCCGCCUCCUCUCCCACUGAACAUUCUGGCCGACAAGGAAUCGACUGCCACCCUGACCGAUGUCUCGGACUCGGGGGUGAUGUGUGAGCACAGCCAGCCGUCUCCGCAGGAGCCGGCCAACUGAGUGCCCGGCUGGGUCCUCAGGGCACACCCGGCGUAUGGAGAGAGAGGGAGUUGGCCCUGCCGCCUGGCUGCACCACCAGGAGGCAGAGGGACAGGUGUCACCAAAGCGGUGCUGUUGGUCAUUAGUUAAAUGUUAUGUUAGGAGAAGUCUCAUUGACUCUAGAUAAUUAACCUGGGAAAAUGGGGGCCAGGGAUGGCCAGGCUGGGGACGGAGAAGAGGCGUGUUCCCACUGGGGGAAGGGGAAGGUGGUCUGGCCCGGUUUGGGGCUUCACUGGGCCAAGAAUGAAUUGAGUGUUUCCCCAGCAGAAGACAGAAGGGAUGGGCCAGCCCCUGAGCUUCCCCAAAGAUUAAUUUACUUCUUCACCUGGUUCCCUUUCCCCCUUGGGAUUUUGGAAGGGACCAGCUGUGGGCAGGCCCCAGCUGCCAGGGGUGGGAACUGUUCUACUCCCUUAGAUAUUCUAAUCAUGGGCCAAAGAUGAGUUGGGGGCAAAGGGGGAAAUGCAGCAUCACCUAAAAGUAAGAGAGAGGGUCCUAACUCCCUCCUCUUUCUUUACCGCCCCAGCCUCAGGACCCUUUGGGGGGCCCCAUCCACUUUGCAGCCCUGCUCAGUCCCCAGGCUGACCUGAGCUGCCCCAUUGAGUCAGAGACCAAAAUGUUUCCUGUUUCAAGUCCGUUGUAAGGCACCAUUUCUUCGGUUGAGAAAUUUAAUUCUAUUCAGUGUUGAGCUAUUAGCUGUUUUUAUGGUGAUUACUAGGCCAGGAUGUUGGUUACAGGGCACUGGUUUUGACCUCGCCAGACAAAAUGGAGCUGUACCCAGCUUGUAACCUCAGCCACCUC